AUGAAUUUAACAAGCCUACAGUUAUACAUGGGUUCUGGUGCUAGGAAAACCUGGCUAGCUUCAUUCGUGAAAGAAAACCUUCCUGAAAAUAGACUGCGGUCUAAUGACGAUAAUCUUAGUUCCAAGUUUGAGUCUGUAGACUGUUCUCGACGCCGGAAAAAGAAACAAAGAAAAUCUAAAGCCAGCAUUGUUGGAGAAACUUGGACUAGAUUGCAAAGACAUAAGCAAAGACAUUUGAAGUUUUCAGCUGAUCUAAGAUAUGAGACAUAUUUGCCGCUGAAUGCAAUGUGGACAAAAUAUAUGGAAGAACUUCUUCAUUUUUCCAGUUUGACAGAAGCCAGUUUAUCAAAUGCUGCCCAGAAGAUGAUGAAGGCUGACUUACACGGGAGCUUUCUCACAGUGAAGAGAUCCAAAUGUCCCAGCUUCAUUGGUGUGCAGGGUAUUGUACUGCAGGAAACCAGGAACCUGUUUGUACUGGUAACACCAUACAAUAGUGUCAAACGGAUACCCAAAGCCAACAGUGUCUUCUGUGUUGUUCUGCACAAUCAUGUUUUCACAAUUUAUGGAAACCAGUUCACAGUGAAACCUGGAGAGCGUGCAGCUAAAAAGUUUAAGUCAAAACCAUCAAUUGAUUUGUGA